AUGCCUUCGCCAGUCCGGGACAGGGGCCCAAUGCGUGAAACUCCCUCUUCCAGCAUAGCAGACGAAUAUAGAUUGUUCGGCGGUGGAAAGCAGCGAGACCCUAACGCCGUGAGAGUGGUUCCAGGUCAGACAUUUGCCUUAAAGCCUUGGAACACAAUAUCACGAGGGGCGAAAGGUAGCGGAACGGUAAGCGCAAAUAGAAAGGAAAAAAGAUUCUACACCAGUCACUCGCGCUCGGACCAUCCUGCAGACGCCCCUGAGAGGUCGUCAAAGCGUCGUCGAGUUGAAGGUCCGGCAGAGGCACAGGCAGCAAUCAACAUAUCUGAUGACGAGACACCAGCUCAUUCAUCUACAAGGGGUUCUCCUGUUACUACUCGCUCACACGCUAAAUCACCCACGCCGAGUUUCUCAAGCAAUACAAGACAGCCUCGUGAAUACAACAGUGGCUUAACAUCAGAAUAUCGGACGAUUGACAAGGGGGCGAGGGUCCCCAGGCCGAGCCCUAAGAAGAAAGCCAGUUCUGCCGACCCUUUUUCGUCAGAGGAUCCCGACAUUAUCUUUACUCGUGACGCUGCCAAGGUGCGGCGAAAAGAAUCUGCCUUGCUGCAAGGGGACCCUGAUAACGUCCCAUGGAAAGCGCCGGCGCACGCCUCGAAUUUAAGUGUUGAAAUAGUGAAUAAGCCUUCAGUAUCAGACGGCGCUUUUAAGACUCCCCCGCCACGUCAUGAGAAGCCCCGUGCGUUAUCAUCAAGGGAUAGCCCUGAUGAGCUGCAAGGCGAUGUGACAGUUGGCCCUGUGCCAACAUCUUUGAGCAAGCCUAGAAGAGAGUCGCGGGACGAACCCUUGUCCUCUGACAUUCGUCCAACUCUCUUUACUUCUCAAGUAAUGUCCAGGCUCGGUAAGACCAGAAAUAAGAGAGGGAGGGCAAGUAAGGGACUACCACAGCGACAAACAUUUAGGCUCGUCUAUUACCGAGGAGGUUCCUUCCUACAGGAAGUUCCUAAAGGUGAAAAUGACCAGCUCAUCAUGGACCCUGGUGGCGGCGAUUCUGGAAGGCAGAAGAAAAGGAGCAGCUUUGCUCUUGUUUACGCGAACUCAAGAUUGAGGUUCAGGAAAAGACAGGAAUCCCCCAAGGAGGCUCCCAAGCCGCCUCCGGGUUCUACAACUAAGAGAAUGAGGCUCUCGGAUGCGCUGCAAGUUACAGACGAAGAAGCUGCCGCACCACGGAGUUCAGACACCGCUUCCGGGAGCCGCACCAGCCCCUCGCUUCCGACUACCACCGGCGAGAAUACCAUUUCCAAACGGGCCCCAAGUCCUACAUCUCGCCUUCAUCGAGAUAUAGGUAUUGAAAUUCCCAUGAAGAAGUUUCAAUCAAACUCACAAGCGCCCACACGUACUACGAGAUCGAGAUUGAUGUCGCGGCAAACACCUACUACUUUGGUCUGUGACGAUGAUGACAAUGAAAACGAAGAGGAAUACACACCACAGCCUAAUCUGGGGGGGGAACAGAAAUGGGACAGACCUCUGGUGUAUCCCCGUUUUGGGAAAAAAAAAGCCGAAGUGAACGCUCUGGAUUUGCGGAGGCUUGCACCCCACGAAUUCCUCAACGACAACAUUAUAGGCUUCUAUAUACGCUUUCUAGAAGAUCAUCUUCAGCGAUGCCGCCCUGAAGCAGCACAGCGAGUCUACUUCUUCAAUUCAUACUUCUUUGCAACUCUCACCAAGUCUCCUAAAGGGCUUAAGAUCAACUACGAAGGCGUGGCAAAGUGGACUCGCAACGUCGAUAUCUUCAGCUAUGACUAUAUCGUCGUACCAAUCAAUGAGAACGCCCAUUGGUAUAUGGCUAUUAUCUGCAACUUGCCGUACCUGGAGGGUAUCGGUGAAGAAGAGAAGCCGUUGCCAUCUGAGUCGCGGGCUGAAGUCGAGGAAGUGCCAGAGACACCGGAACCUCAUCUUGAGGAUGGGUCAUCUACAACACUACAGUCUAUCAAAGAGGAAACAGCUAGGCAGUCGUUAGCUUCUAUGAGCCUUAUCGACACGCAAGUUCCACAAGAAGAGGCGUCUAAGCCAGGCGAAAAUGAAUGGUCAGAACGCGAUGUUUAUCCAGAUGCAGCCCGUGCGAAGUUGGCUGCCCCUUCAAGCCAACCGCAGCCCGAAACUCAGAAAGACUCGGAAGCAAGUGGGACGCCUAAGAAGUCGCGCAAGCCCAAGAAAAACCGGUCAUAUGGAGUGAAAUACAGUACUUGCCAACCAAUUAUCAUCACAUUCGAUUCACUUGACCUCCCUCGUUCGGGAACCAUCAGUAUCCUCCGCGAAUACCUCUUCGCCGAAGCAAAGUCGAAGCGGGGCAUCGAGAUUGACAAAUCUUUGGUCAAAGGCAUGACCGCAAAGGAGAUCCCACAUCAGCCGAACUUUUCUGAUUGCGGUCUUUACCUCCUAGCCUACGCUGAAAAGUUCGUUCAAGACCCGGAUUCAUUCGUUCGGAAACUUCUGCGGAAAGAGAUGCGCAAACAAGAAGACUGGCCACCGCUGAAGUCUGGUCUUCUACGAACUCGAUUGCGUGGAUUCAUGGAGCUGCUGUAUACUGAGCAAGAGCACCUUACAAAGGCGAAGGCGGACGAAUCCGCGCUGGUAGUAGAUCAGCAACCUGUUUCCUACCUUCUUGGUGAUACUGCCGCAAACAACAAGGACAAUGUUGAAGGCGAGAACUAUCCACAAGGUAAAGUACAAGUCGAACGCUCGCCACCAGCUGAAGCGAGCUCGAAGACAACCCCAGAGCGUCAACCCUUCGCUCAAUCCGCCAGUCCGAAGCCUGAGAUUGGCCAUGAUGUCGACCCUGUAAAUGUUGAUACGCAAGAGUCAGUAUUGUGCAUUUCCCAGAUCCCUGAUGCACAGCUCAAAUCGCAGAAGCUGGAGGCUUAUAAUCAGCCUUCCAAACAUGUGGUUGUCGAAGUACCAGACAGCCAAGAUCGGACUCAAGCCAACGGUCCAACAGCUGCCGCGCUAUCAACCGAAACCCCUUCUUCAAAGCCACAUCCUCGGCGCGAACACUCCAGCGCCGUUUACGUUGAUGACAGCGACGACGUAGAGGACGCUCCCCAGCAAGGAGGCGUACAAGUUGAAGAGACACCGCCCGGAUUGCCGAGUAUCAAAUAA